GCUGAACUGCUGAUCUCACUCAGAAUGUCUCUGACUGUUUCUCUGCUGUUUCUGCUCUUCAUCUCUGGAGUUGUUGCUCAGGAUGGGUGGGCUGUGGAUUACAACUCUAAAUCUAUCUGUGCUCUAAAGGGGUCUGCAGUGACCAUGGAGUGUACUUACACACCUCCAAGUGGUCACUCAGUCCAAAAAGCUUUCUGGACUAGCGAGCUGGUUACAUCUGGUUCAGAACCUCCUGAUCUGUCAGAUGAUCCAGAGUACAGAGGCAGAGUUCUGUACCUCGGAGAUGAACACAGUGACUGCACUCUCAGAUUUAAGACUGUGAGAGAAAAGGAUCAAAGUAAAUACUACUUCACAUUUAUAACAGACCAACCUGGAGGAAAGUAUCAAGGUGCAGAUGGAGUUGAUCUUUCAGUCACAGAUCUCCAGGUGGAGGUUCCUGAGAGAGUGAUAGAGGGAGAUAAAGUCACUCUCACAUGUAGAACCACCUGCAGUCUGACAGUCAGACCAACAUUCACCUGGUACAGAAAUGGACAUCGUUUAUCCUCCAGUACUGACCAACUCCACCUGCAGUCGGUCAGCAGGGAGGAUGCAGGCAGGUAUCACUGUGCUGUACUGGGUCUGAACUCUCCUGAGGUCACUCUUAAUGUCAGAUGUAAGUACAGAUUCAUUUCUUUGUUCAUAAAUAGAUAAAAGAUUUCAUCAUUA